AUGAACACCUGCGAGGGUUGCAGGCUGCAGGCCCGGGUCCUUAUCCGGGCCGCCACUCGUCGCCCCGGGCUGGCGAGAAUAGCGGCCACGAUCAAGACGGUGACGAAGGUGGCCAGCCAGCCGUCGACGAGAAGCACAAUGCCGUCGGCGCGGUCGUUCAGCAGCACGGAACGUCGCAGAAUUCUCGGCAUGGGAAAGCUUGCCGAGUCGUACCGCGUGUUGGGCACGUCGGAGCGGCUGUACAAGGCCUGCUCCAAAUCAGCCGACUACAAAAUAUCGGACGAGCAACGAAAGAAUGACGAGGUCGAGCGGUUGGAGGACGGCGAGGAGCUGGGCACCCCCGUGGACGGAGAUAAUGUUUGGCACAACGGGCACGCCUCGUCCGCAGCUUUCAAGCUUCAGCCCAGCUUCAGCACCUGGUCGCACGUGACGAUGCUUCAUCUCUACCUCGUCAACGCGCGCGUGCGCAUGCUCGACGCCGACACGUACCGCAACUGGCAGCAGCAACUCAUCGAUCACUUCUUCUUCGAGUGCGAGAAGAAAAUGCAUCUCGACCACGGCAUCACGUCGAGCGCGCUGCGCCAACGGUACCUCAAGGAUAUCUUCAUCCAAUGGCGCGGCCUGCUGCUCGCCUACGACGAGGGUCUCAUCAAGGGCGACGCCAUCCUCGCGAGCGCCAUCUGGCGGAACCUCUUCAAGGGCAGCCCCGACGCGGACCCGCGUGCCCUGCUGGCCAUUGUCGGCUGGAUGCGGGCCAGCCUGGCGGCGCUCGAGGUCACCUCGGACGCCACCUUUCCCCAGAGGGUUGUUGAUAUCCUCGCGAGGCCGGUGGAUGUAUUCUGGACGCGGCUGGAGGGGCCGCUGGGGGCCGGGCCGACGACGGCGGAGCCGGUCGCGGAACCGGUGGCGGAGACGCAGGGGACCAACACGGCACAGCGACCAGCCGCUGCGAUAUGA